CAUUUCCACCUCAUUUAACAAUAAGUUAAAAUAAAUAAAAUACAACUACCAAAACUGAAAUUAAUCCCUCCCUCAUCGCAACCGUUUCACCCCUAUCCCGUCUUCACCCAUCAUCAACGCCUCGUGAUGUCCGUUACCAAUAUCUCACCGCAGACUCGAGAAGUCGAAUCUCUCCGCCGUCAUCGCUGAUCCGUCCUCAUGGAGCCUCCAAACCCGUGCACGACUAUGCGGCGGCGAGGACGAGCUGGACUUUCGGCCGACCCCAAAGCAAAAACACACUCAAAGAUUGCAGAGGAAAUCUUCGGAAACUUUGUUUCACAAAAGCCCAAUCUUCUCCCCUGUUAAAAUCCACCAAACACACAUAGACCAACCUCAUCUUCCAUCACUGCUACUUUUUCGCCGGCCGGAUUCACUUUUCAGUACCGAAGAGUUCCAUUAAAGGAUGUGGUCUGGGACUUCUUUGACUAGGUGCUCGACUUUCGCUUGGUGACCUUUCCGAUAGCGCCGAGAGUGGCGGAGCAGUCGAGGAGAGGAAUGUAGGAGCAAUGGGUUUUGGCUUCUGGGUAGUGGGUAGUGAAGAUUUUCUUAGAUCUGCGACAAGAGAAGAAUGGGGAAGAAGAAGAAGAAGAAUGGGGAAAGUGGGGGUUGAUGGGAGGAGGUAAGUUUUCCUCCGGUUUGUGAGUUCUUUGGUUUGUUUAAGUUUUGUUUUUCAUUUUUUUUAUAGUUAUAAUAAUUAUUUUUUCAUUUUAUUUUAUUAUUAAAAUGAGCUGGAAAUUGAAUAAUAUUAAAUUUUAUUUAUUUAAUUAUUUUCUUAUUGCCACGUCACUUAUUUAACGGUCAACUAUGAGAGUUGACCACCACAUAGGAUAAAGAUAACGCAAGUGGACGGAGAGUGACCAAACGUGAACGGUUUCAGUAAACUGAAGUACCACCAAUGGAUUUAAAUAUUUCGAGUGAUCAAACUUGAACGUUUUUUGUAAUCUCAGUGACCAACCAUGUAAUUAACCCAUUAUUUUCAUAAUUACUCACUUAUAAUCCUGACACCUGAUGUAACACCCUUGCUCGGCCGAGCACUAAAUUUACCAAAAUACCCUUAAGUAAUCAAGAUAACUCAAAAUGGAAAUAAUACAGAAAAUAAUUUUUAAAUCGCCGUAGGAAAUCCCUCUUAACAAAUAAUAAAUGAGCAUCAGUCUCAAGCCUACUAAUAAAAGUACAAAAGUGAAAGAGUUCACUUGGAAUCUCUUGCAAUCACUAACCCUUGUGACGAUGACAUCCUGAGCAACAGCUUCUUCUUGACCAGUGGUCUGAAUGCUCCUGCUUUCUUGUACCUCCUGAGUGCGGGCGAUGGGGUCAGUCCUAAUCCUAAUUUCGUUAUCAUACUUAAAUGGAAAGCCAUUCACAUGCAAUGCUUAUGGUACAUCAUUGGGUACAUUAGUAGCAGUGUAUUAUUAUUAACGUAUUCUUGCGUAUCAUAUUUUUUUACUUUCUUAACUUGAAAAGGGAUCCUGCCCUCUACUUAACUAGCACAUCCGUCCGGCACCAACGUAUCAUGAACAUAACCUCCUCAUCUACAAUGAGUAACAUAACAUACCUCCCCAUCUACAGGGAGUAGUGGUGACCGCGUCCGGCACCGGUCUUGACAUACAUAUCAUGACCCCUCAUCUAUAAGGUGCUCCUCAUCUACAAGGAGUAAGGUGACCGUGUGCGACUAGUUAAGAGAGGGUUCUUAUUCUUACUUGUUAACUUGAUAUCUUAUACGUGCUUGCUUGAACAACCUCUCCCACGAUGGAGAGUCAUACUUAAUCUUAUACUUGUUUACUUAGCUUGAGAAUUCUGAGUUUACUUAAGGUAAUCUCCCACACAAUGGGAAGAUAUAAGGUUCUUAACUUGCACUUGAGUAGUUUAGAAUUGAACUGGUAUUUACCUGUCUCAUAACAUGGUUUACUUAUGCUUCAUGAUACUAUGCAUACUUAACAUAAAGACUGAAAGUAACCAAAUUAACUUAACAUGAAAGCAUGUAAUGAAUGACUGAACAUAAAACAAGAACUGAAAUGCAUAAAUGAACUUUAAAUGCAUAGACUGAUAACGAAAACUACUCUAGUCCCCUUUAACCACGCACCUUAAUUUCAAGUCGAUUAUCAACUUAUAUCCUGCCCGACGAUCCGAAACGUCCUUAUAGGCUUUGUACGUGUCCAUGCACCAUUUUACUUCUUCUUUUAACUUUCUCCUAGAGAUAGAGCACGUAAAUCUCACUCUGAUCAUAUACCCGCGUACUUGCCUUACAUUAAUAAUCCAUAUUUCAUUUCAACAACUCAACCCCUUCUAAUAAUUAACCUAUCAUGCAUUCUAUCCAUGCACGUAACUAACUUAGCUACUAAAUUGUAAAGGGCUUUUGUUUUUAACCUCAAUCACGAGCUUCUUUGGUUUAAUGACCCAUCACCAUAUAUAAAAUAUCCAUUGCAUUCGUCCAUAUAUAUGUAAGGAUGAUAACCCAUUCCUUUAAUAAAUGACCUACUGAAAUCUCCCACAACCCUCCAAUAUCAACUGAUUCUACAAAUCAAAUGAACGAUGAUAAAUCCUUACCUCCAGCACCUAGCCCAAAGCACGAUUUUGAGGAUUUCCCAGAUGUCGUUUCUCCGUCGUCGAUCGUCGUUCGCCGUAAUCCCGCCGCCAAAACUAUGAACGAGAGACGACGAUCCCGAGCUACCGCGCUGGCGAACAGAGGACACGGCGUACGUAAGAAACAGUACGCGUUCGGCGGCUCCCGGCUUGCGUCUCUGCCGGCUGUCGUACCGUUUGGGAGCUCGCUUGCUACUGGUGGAGGAAGGGGAGGUCGGGGAUGGGAACUGGAAGGUGGCAGUGAUGGUUGAUCGCGCAAGGGGGAAGAGGGAGGCAAGGCGGCGCUGCUGCUUCGGUGUUUACUAGUUUAGGGCUCUCGUUCCUCUUUUUCUUCGUCCUUAGGUUUAGUCUUUACAUAUAUAUAUAUCCGCAUGAAGAAUGGCCGAGAGGGAGAAGGAAUCAUCCCGGAUGCAUUUAGGUUAGAAUUUAAUUAAUUAAUUAGCUUAAUUAAACAUAGUAAUUAAGGGUGAAUUUGGCA